AUGAGAUCACAGUCGUCGUUUGGUGGAAGCAGCUCCAGACUAUCGAAUUACAGCCGUACAUUGGAUUUACCAGAUGAUCAUGACGAUUCCGGUGCACUCAGCUUUGACGACUGCGAACUCGGCGGUGCAAUGUUACCGAUAUUUCUCAACGACCUGAGAAGAAACAGCGAGCAAAACGACGGCUUAGUUGAAGUUACGCUAGAGUUGGAUAAUGACUCCAUUUUUGUUUGCAGUGUCAAACCUAAUGACAAGCCUACCUCAUCAGUGACAUCUGAUCCUGGCCACGGUGCUGCUGGUGGUAGUGGCGGAGGGAUUUUGGAAAGGAGUUUAUCGGCGACGUCGAGAAUACGACGGACGUUCGGGUGGUUAAGGUCGAGAUCAUCGAGAACAAGUUCAUCGGAGAAUAUAGAGAGAUCGAUAACGGAUCGAGAUGCGAGGAGAAUCAGAGCGAAACUUCAACGGACGAGAUCAGGAGCUCAACAAGCGCUUAAAGGAUUAAGGUUUAUUAAUAAAACGACAGGAGAUUCUGAUGCUAAUGAGUUGUGGAGACGAGUUGAGUUAAGGUUUAACUCGCUUGCUAUUGAUGGUUUGCUUGCUAGAGAAGAUUUUGGUGAAUGUAUAGGAAUGGUGAAUUCGAAGGAAUUUGCAGUAUGUAUAUUUGAUGCAUUAGCGAGGAGGAAACGACGUCGGAUAUCAAAGAUAACGAAAGAGGAGCUUUAUGAGUUUUGGCUACAGAUUACAGACCAGAGCUUUGACGCGCGCCUUCAAAUUUUCUUUGACAUGGUUGAUAGCAAUGGAGAUGGAAGAAUUACAAGGGAUGAAGUGCAGGAGCUUAUAAUGCUCAGCGCUUCUGCAAAUAAAUUGUCAAAGCUCAAAGAACAAGCUGAAGAAUAUGCGUCACUGAUCAUGGAAGAAUUAGAUCCAGAAAGUUUUGGAUAUAUUGAGUUAUGGCAGUUAGAAACUCUUCUCCUACAAAGAGACACAUAUAUGAACUACAGCAGACCACUAAGCACAACAAGUGUGGGCUGGAAUCAGAACAUCAGUUCAUUCAGACCCCAGAAUGUCGUGCGUAGGCUAAGCUUUAAAUUAAGGUGUCUAAUUCUAGAGAACUGGCAGAGAGGUUUCAUUUUAAUGCUGUGGAUGAUGGCAAUGACUUGCCUAUUCGCUUGGAAAUUUUACCAGUACAGGAAUAGAGCAGCAUUUCAGGCCAUGGGCUAUUGCUUGUGUAUUGCAAAGGGUGCUGCAGAGACUCUCAAGCUCAAUAUGGCUCUAAUUCUUUUACCUGUUUGUCGAAACACCCUGACUUGGCUUCGUUCCACUAGAGCAAGAUCCUUCAUUCCCUUUGAUGACAACAUUAAUUUCCACAAGAUAAUUGCAUGUGCAAUAGCCAUUGGGGUGUUCCUUCACGCUGGAAAUCAUUUGCUUUGCGACUUUCCCCGUCUAGUAAACUCGUCCCCAGAUGAAUUUGCCUUGAUAGCAUCUGAUUUCCAUAACAAAAAGCCUACAUAUCAUGAUCUAAUCACAGGCGUUGAAGGUAUUACUGGGAUUUCGAUGGUGCUACUAAUGGCCAUAGCCUUCACAUUAGCAACACGCCAGUUCAGAAGGAAUGUAGUAAAAUUACCUGCACCACUCAACAGAUUGACAGGUUUCAAUGCAUUUUGGUACUCUCAUCAUCUUCUUGGUCUUGUCUAUGUUUUGCUGCUUGCUCAUGGGACCUUCUUAUACUUGGCUCACAAGUGGAGUCAGAAAAAUACAUGGCUGUAUAUAUCUGCUCCCUUGUUACUCUAUGUAGCAGAACGGAGCGUGCGAACAUGUAGAUCAGAACAUUAUUCAGUAAAAAUACUGAAGGUAUCUGUUCUACCAGGAAACGUCUUUUGCUUAACCAUGUCUAAGCCACAAGGAUUUAAGUACAAAAGUGGGCAGUACAUAUUUCUACAAUGUCCGGCAAUUUCCUCGUUUGAAUGGCACCCAUUUUCUAUAACUUCGGCACCAGGUGAUGAGUCCCUCAGUGUUCACAUUCGGAUAGUGGGAGACUGGACACAUGAGUUGAAGAGAGUUUUCACUGAGGUAAAUGAUUCAUCGUCUGUUAUUGGCCGAGCCAUUUUUGGUCAAGUUGGAGAUGUGGAUCAAAGAGGCCAACCGAAACUAUAUGUUGAUGGUCCAUAUGGUGCUCCUGCGCAAGAUUACCAAAAUUAUGAUGUCCUACUCCUCGUGGGACUAGGAAUUGGAGCUACCCCUUUCAUAAGCAUCCUUAGAGAUCUUUUGAACAACACACGAGCUGCAGAUUAUCAAACGGACUCAAACACUGAAACCAGUAGAUCAGAUGACAGCACAAACAGUUAUGCAUCUUCAAGCAUGACAUCAGCUGGGAGCAAAAAGAGAACACAAAGGACUACAAAUGCUCAUUUCUACUGGGUUACAAGAGAACCAGGAUCAUUUGAAUGGUUUAAGGGAGUCAUGGAUGAAGUCGCGGAGAUGGAUCAUAAGGGUCAAAUUGAGUUGCACAACUACCUUACUAGCGUUUAUGAAGAAGGUGAUGCAAGAUCAACUUUGAUCACCAUGGUCCAAGCUCUAAACCAUGCCAAACAUGGUGUUGACAUCCUUUCUGGCACUCGAGUUAGGACACAUUUUGCAAGGCCAAAUUGGAAAGAAGUAUUCUCUAAAAUAUCUAUAAAGCAUCCACUUGCUACAGUAGGGGUAUUCUACUGCGGAAUGCCGGUGUUGGCAAAGGAGCUGAAGAAAUUAUGUCAAGAGUUGAGUCACAAGACAUCCACACGGUUUGAGUUCCACAAGGAGUAUUUCUAAAACAAGAGGACAGCUAUUUUAAGACACCAAGCCUCUGAUAACUUUUUGUAAUUAUUAAAACAAUUGAAGAAAAAAACAUAUAUACAAACGCACACACAUCUCAUAUUUGUAGAACAGCUAGAUGUAAAUGCUGUUACAUUAUACACCAUUCAUACAGCAAUGCUGUACAACAGAAUAGAAAGCUUGAAAAACAAAAAGAGAAAUUUUUAAAGAAAAGGUCCACUCUGUGUUCUGGCUA